AUGACUGAGGAUAGUGCAGAGACGACUGAGGAUGGCGUAGAGUCAAGGGAGGAUGGCGCCAGGUCAACGGAGGGAGAUGGCACCGGGUCGACUAAUGAGGAUAGCGCAGAGACGACUGAUGAUAGUGCAGAGACCACUGCGGAUGGUGUAGAGACGACUGUGGAUGGUGUAGGAUCAACUGAGGAGAACGGAGCAGAGUCGACUGAGGAAGAUACCGCGGGAAGCACCAAAGGAGACGGCACCAAGUCGACUGAGGAGGUUGGUGCAGAGUCGACUGAAGAAGAAGACGUGGAGAUGGCUAAGAAGGAAGAUAGAGGAGGGGCCACUGAAGGAGACGGCGCCAGUUCGACUGAGGAAAAGGAUGUAGAGUCGACUGAGGGGGAUGGUGCAGGGCUAACUAAGGAAGAAGACGGUGCGGAGAUGUCUGAGAAGGAAGACACCGCAGAGUCGAUUGAGGAAGACGUCAAAGAGACGACUGAGGACGGCACAGAUCCAACCGAUGAAGACGUCGUAGAGUCAACCGAAGAAGACAAUGUAGAUUCGACCGAGGAAGAUGUCGUAGGUUCGACGGAAGAAACCAACACAGAAACGACCGAGGAGACAGGCAGCUCAGCCGAAGACGUAGCCGACGGAAUCACUGAACUCUCAGGCUUAGCAUCAGCCACAUAG